UUUGGGUCCUUUUCGUUACACGAGGAUACCCUCAUGCCUGUGUAGCCACUCUCCUGCCUCACUUUUUGGCUGUUUAAUCAGAAAUAAAAUUAGUUUCAAGGAUGGACACCGAUAAAAAUACAACCCCCGAUGUUGCCGCUGCUGUGGAGAGCAAAGAAGACGCGGAGCCUUUCACGAAGGUGAAGUCUAAAAAGACUCAGAAGCGAAAACGUGAACAAGAUGGAGUGGAAAUGGACACGGAGGGGCCCGUGGCGAGUAAGCGGCCGCAGUUUCCACCAAUUUCAAGCGACAAAUUAAGGGGACCAGAUGAGAUGCGCAAAGUGGCCGUCCCAGCUCACAGAUACACCCCGCUGAAAGAAAACUGGCUGAAGAUUUUCACCCCCAUCGUAGAAAACCUGCAGCUUCAAGUUAGAUUCAACCUGAAAACUAGGAAUGUUGAAAUCAAAACAUGCAAAGACACACAGGACAUUGGCUCACUCACAAAAGCAGCAGAUUUUGUCAGAGCGUUUGUUCUGGGAUUCCAGGUUGAAGAUGCUCUAGCUCUCAUCAGAUUAGAUGAGCUUUUCCUAGAAACCUUUGAUGUCACAGACGUGAAACCUCUGAAGGGAGACCAUUUAUCCAGAGCCAUCGGGAGAAUAGCAGGGAAGGGAGGAAAAACCAAGUUCACCAUUGAAAAUGUCACAAAGACUCGCAUUGUGCUUGCAGAGACAAAAGUUCACAUAUUAGGGUCUUUCCAGAAUAUAAAGAUGGCCCGGACAGCAAUAUGUAACUUAAUCUUAGGAAGUCCACCUUCAAAGGUCUACGGCAACAUCAGGGUUGUUGCUAGCCGGACUGCCGAGAGAUUCUGAAGUCCUAUUGGCUGCUGUGUGUAUUUAUCCUUCCCCCCCGUCAGCUGCUAGAGUUCCCAUGUUGAUCUGUGACUGUUGACACCUCAGGUUUCUCUGUGACGCAUUAAGUCCACACAUUUUUGGAUCAGUUGACCCAAACAUGAGGCAAAAUCAUAAUGCGUGCAGUAAGACAGUUCACAUAUACAUUUGUGUAAAUAAAUAAUUUCAACCCCCACUUAAACAUGAGUAUUAUUUGUCACUAAAGUGUAUAAAAUGUCAGGUUGACCAGGAACAACAACCAUAUUACCAAAGAAGUUGGGAUGCUGUGUAAAGCAGUAGAGCAUAUAUUUACAAAAAUUAAAAGUUAAACAUUACACAUGUUGUCUUUGUACAGGUUUGGAUUGAAUAUAUGUCUAAAAUGCUUAGCAAAUAAUCGCAUCAUGUUUUAUUUACAUUUUGGACAAUGUCCCAGUUAUUCUGGAAUCAGUGUUUUCAUUAAUUAAAAAUGACUGAAUGCUGCC